UUCAUGUGCUAAUGUCUCUCACCAGUGGCCAUCAAAUUCCUCCAUCACUGUGAAACGGUUGGACAUGAAACUUGCCAUUUACCUAUAUAUACUCAGACACAAAGCAUUUGAGCAAAAAAUAAGUAUCAAAACAUUCAACUAACUUUCAUUUUUCCUUGCAAUUCUCAAAAUUCUUAAUCUUUUUUUUACUUCAUAACUUAGACUUACAAGUAUCCCUUGAGACAAUGGGUAUCAAAGUGACUCCAUUUAUUCAGGCUAAUAGAAUUCUAAGGAGGUCUUCAACAGGUGUUCCAAAAGGUCAUUGUGCGGUAUAUGUAGGACUGAGCCAGAAGAAGAGAUUCGUCGUGCCAGUAUCAUACUUGAGCCACCCUUUAUUUCAAAACUUCUUAGCUCAAGCUGAAGAAGAGUUUGGAUUUGAUCAUCCAAUGGGCGGUCUCACGAUACCUUGCAAAGAGGACGUGUUCAUUGAUCUUACUUCCCGCUUAAGAAGAACAUAAGUAGUAUCAUAGUGCAAAUUCUUCACCAAAUGAAAUUUUGUAAAUAGUAGGAGUUAUAAAUGAUAAGGAGAGGUCAAGAGAGGCAAGUACACUGUAUCGUUGAAACACAAGAAUCUAUGAGGGAAAAAGUUUCCUGAUCAAUUUAUGAAUAGAAGAUGUUCUAGUUCUGAUUAA